AAAAAUCCACCCUUACUUUUACCUUCAUUUACAUGUACUUUUUUAUGCAAGGACAUAGCCAGGAAUUAUUUUCGGGGGGUGUCUUGUGAGGCUUUUUCAGGCUCAUGAGAUGAUGAAGUGGCCGAGGAAGCUGAGUUGUUGGGAGGAAUGAGGAACACUUUGAAAGCCCGUUUGAAACUUCAACCCCACCCACCUCAUAGUUCAAAAUAGCCCCUUCUCUUCCUAAAAUGUCAAAUUUUUUUGCAUGAAAAGAAAUAUGGGUCAAAGACUAAUCUUGAAUUAGUCAUAAUUUAGUGGGUGAGAGCUACUCCUGAAUCAUGGUUUGCUACUGGAACUUAAAAAAAAAAAAAACUGGUGGAGCUAUGGAAGCAAAAUGAGGGACACUGUAUUUCGAGGUGUUUCCAGAUACCCACGACACCCCUCCCCCCCCCUGGCUACAUCCCUGUUUUUAAUCCUUUUUCAACCGUCGAGUUGUGCAGUAGCAGUUCCCUUGCUUAUCGGGGAUGUCGCUCCAUCGCUCCACUCACUGGUACACAUCGCAAUUAACCCUGUCUCAGUAAAAAAAAAACAAAAACUUUUUUCCCUCCUUCCCCAACCCCCACCUCUCGCCUCGCCUUGGAGGUUAGUGAUUAUUUAAUUUUUAAGGGUGUCUCCAGCACUUUUGAUAGCGCCGGGGAGGAAGGAGGGUAGGUGGGGAAAAGUCAAUCCGGAAACAGCGGAAGACCGUCUGUUUGGUAAGCAGCACUCACCCCAUAGAGACAAGAGUUGGUCUGAAUAGCUACUUCGAGAGUAAGCUGCCCGUUGCACGACCGUCAUCAUCAGCGAUUCCGUGUUAUAAGGCCACGGCGGGACCCUGCAAUACAUUACUAGCUCGGCUGGAGUCGGACCAAUAUCUCUCGGGACCAGGGACUGUAAGUUCGCUACAAACCAGCCACGCUGUUACACCUUGAAUAACUAAUACAAAUAAAAAUAAUGGUUUAUUCAUGAUUCCAGAACAUUUUUGAAAGCUGCAUUCCAUUGCCAGGCACAAAAAAGGCAAUAAAGUGGUGGGAUUUUUACUGUAACAAUGUGGAUGUCAUUCUCAGACCUUUUCUUUUAACUUUUAGGAAACAUUUAUUUUUUACUUUUUAACUUUUAAGAAAAGCGAAGGCACAUCGAGGUGUCUUCGAAUUUGAAAGGGGAUAGAGCGAGAGUAAUUCGAAGCCUGUCUGUUCUGCAUUUUGUAUCUGCACCCUCAUCUCCUUCGGCCAUGGAAUAUUAAAAAAUAUCUGCGGGGUAUUGAGUAUGAGGUUUGGCACUGGGAAAAAGAAGAAAGGGAGAGGCGGUUCCCUUUGGCGCAAGCGCACUCCAAGAGUCUGACGUCACCUGUCGUUUCCCGCCACACGUGAAGCUGUUGCUGUGGUCCUCAGUUCUUCGCUUCGCUACUUGGUUUUGGACCUAGUUCGUGGAAGUUGAUAUUGAGGCUUACUGAAUUUGAGCAUUGGUCACGUAAUUACACCUUGGUCAAACGUCGUUGUUCGAGAUGGAAGGAUUCGACGAUCCUGGCGUUUUCUUCUCUGAUAACCUGCCUGGCGAGGGCCUACAAGAUUCUCAAGUCAAUCUGCAGGCAGUCAAGAAGAAGUUCAAAGACUUCUUGAUGCAGUUUCAUGAGGGAAAUUUUACCUACAAGUACAGAGAUGCAUUGAAGAGGAAUUACAAUGUUGGGAAAUACUGCAUUGAGAUUUCCAUUGAAGAUAUUGCCAGCUACGAUGAAGAACUCGAGAGCAAGAUCUACAAGAAUCCCACUGAAUAUCUGCCUCUUUUGGAAGAAGCAGCCACAGAAGUUGCAGAUGAAGUGACCAGACCUCGUGCUGAAGGUGAAGUGCAUAUCCAUGACAUUCUAGUCAUGUUGCUUUCAGAAGGAAAUCCAUCUGCCAUUCGAGAAAUCAAAUCAGAACAAGUGGCUCAACUGGUGAAACUGCAAGGGAUCAUUGUGUCUGCCUCUGGAGUGAGGUCUAAAGCAACCAAGAUUGCAAUCCAAUGUCGUUCUUGUCGGAAUGUAAUCUCAAACAUCCCUAUCCGCCCUGGCUUAGAAGGUUAUGCUUUGCCACGGAAGUGCAACACUGAUCAAGCAGGGCAACCCAAAUGUCCCUUGGAUCCAUAUUUUAUUCUUCCGGACAAGUGUCAAUGUGUGGAUUACCAAAUCCUCAAACUUCAGGAAUCACCAGAGGACAUUCCACAGGGAGAGCUUCCAAGACACAUGCUCCUUUAUUGCGAUCGAGACCUGUGUGAACGAGUUGUACCAGGAAACAGAGUCACACUUUUGGGUAUCUAUUCCAUCAAGAAAGUGUUCAACAAAAAUAAGCGUACUGCCAAAGACAAAGUUGCAGUGGGUAUCCGUGCUCCAUAUGUUCGAGUUGUGGGAAUAGCAGUGGAGUCAGUUGGCCCUGGCCGGUCCAGUGCUUCCUUAGCCUUUACUCCCGAAGAGGAAGAAGAAUUCAGACGCUUGGCUUCCUCUUCUGAUUGCCAUGAGAAGAUUGCCAGAAGUAUUGCUCCUUCCAUCUAUGGUUUCCUUGAUGUCAAGAAAGCUGUAGCAUGUCUCCUAUUUGGAGGGUCAAGAAAGAGACUUCCAGAUGGUCUCACUCGUCGAGGGGAUAUCAAUAUUCUUCUCCUUGGAGAUCCUGGAACUGCAAAGUCUCAGAUGCUCAAAUUCACUGAGAAGGUGUCUCCCAUUGGGGUAUAUACAUCAGGAAAAGGAUCAUCAGCAGCUGGUCUGACUGCAUCAGUUGUCAGAGAUCCUUCUUCGAGGAACUUCAUUAUGGAGGGAGGAGCUAUGGUGCUGGCUGAUGGAGGAGUUGUUUGCAUUGAUGAGUUUGAUAAAAUGAGGGAGGAUGACAGAGUUGCUAUUCAUGAAGCAAUGGAGCAACAGACCAUCUCGAUUGCCAAGGCUGGAAUCACAACAACCCUCAAUUCUCGCUGUGCUGUGCUUGCAGCUGCCAACUCUGUAUUUGGCCGAUGGGAUGAGACUAAAGGUGAUGAAAAUAUUGACUUCAUGCCCACAAUCCUGUCAAGAUUUGACAUGAUAUUCAUUGUGAAGGAUGAACAUGAUGAGAAUAAGGACCGGAUUAUGGCGAAGCAUGUGAUGAAUGUCCAUGUUAAUGCAUUCACCAUGCAAGAGGAUUCAGCCCAAGGAGAGCUGUCACUGGAAUUUCUCAAAAAGUAUAUUGGAUAUUGCAAAGCUCAUUGUGGGCCGAGGUUGUCGCCAUCUGCAGCAGAGAAACUGAAGAAUCGCUAUGUUCUUAUGCGAUCUGGUGCACGGGAGCAUGAGCGAGGUUCCAAAGAUAAAAGGCUUCACAUCCCCAUCACAGUCCGGCAACUUGAAGCAGUUGUCAGAAUUGCUGAAGCUCUUGCAAAGAUGCAACUUCAGGCUUUUGCUACAGAGAGGCAUAUAGAUGAAGCCCUUCGCCUCUUUCAAGUUUCCACUUUGGAUGCUGCUUCCACUGGCAGCCUAGCUGGAGUGGAAGGAUUCACCACUGAGGAGGAUCAUGAAAUGCUCAUGCGAAUUGAGAAUCAGCUCAAGAGACGCUUCCCCAUUGGAGCACAAGUUUCAGAACAUUCCAUCAUUCAGGAUUUCCUCAAGCAGAAAUAUCCUGAAAGAGCUGUACUCAAAGUCAUCCACUUCAUGAUUCGCCGGGGAGAACUUCAGCAUCGCCUUCAGCGCAAGAUGCUUUAUCGACUUGUUUGAAUUUGAUGCAUUGUCUUGUCUGCAUCUUGGAAGGUCAACUUUAUAGAAUACAUCCAAACAACUUGUUUUCACUGUCACAAAUGAAA